CGGAAAGAGAGCACAGCAGAGGUGGGAGAAGCGCGAAGUCAGAGUCGAGUGCAUUAGGGUUAGGGUUUUUUGAAGGUUUCUGCGCGGAAUUCUGCGAAAUCAUACCCGCCAUGGAAGAGAUCGUCGAGGGAGUCAACAACAUCAACCUCUCCGAUUCUCACAAGAAGAACCGAAUUCAGGUCUCUAACACCAAGAAGCCGCUCUUCUUCUACGUCAAUCUCGCCAAGAGGUACAUGCAGCAGCACAAUGAGGUCGAGCUUUCAGCUUUGGGAAUGGCUAUAGCGACGGUGGUUACGGUUGCUGAAAUUCUGAAAAACAAUGGCUUGGCCGUGGAGAAGAAGAUCAUGACAUCUACGGUUGACAUCAAGGAUGAUUCCAGAGGAAGACCGGUGCAAAAGGCCAAGAUUGAGAUAGUACUUGGGAAAACCGCAAACUUCGAUGAGCUAAUGGCUGCAGCAGCAGAAGAGAGGGAGGCUGCUGAAGCUCAGGAGCAGAGCUGAACAAGGAUAUUGGGGGGCUUUUAAGGUGUCGGUUGUGGAGAUUGCUCGUCAAUGAUUGAUUUUUCCCUAAAAGUUUUGCUGAUACGUGAACACUAGUAUUGUAAUGCAGCAGGAUGAAGGUUUUGGAAAGAACACUUGUAGUCAGUAUUAGUUGCUUCUUCUGUAUCAAUCGAAAGUAUCCUUCUUUAUCAACUCAUGCAUUAGGAGUCGCCUAGUUCAUUGCUUGCUUGGUUAGUCUCUAUUCUAUUCAUACAUCAUUUAAGAAAAGGGUUCUGUAUAAGAUAUGAUAGUGAUACUGGUGGUUUCCUUGUUUUAUUUCUUUGGCCGUUGGAUUCAGUUC